UUAAUAUAAAAUGUGGAACGAUACACACGCUGCGCCUUGGUCUCCUUCGUACGACAAUCGUGACAAUGGCACUGUUCUCCACCUAUAUCAUGUGUAUGUGAUUUAUAAACAGACUAGAACUUCAACUUCUGGGCCAUUGUGUGCUCUCUUAUGAACACAUUGGGUCAUGAGAAAGGUCAACAGGGUAUUGUUGGGAGUCAAAAUGAGGCCAACAACGGUUUUGUUUACUUUCAACACUCCAUGAAACAUCAUAUCAGCCCAAGGGAACCUGUAUUUUAAAGAACAUUGACAAAAGAAAUAGGCAAUUUUUCUCUGCGUGACACCCUCAACACAAUGUAAUCGUUUGAAUACACAGAGCAACAUUGACCUUGUUUCUGUCCUAUCCCAAGAAGGAGCCCUGGCUAUAAGAGCACCUGUAACGAAGCAGGACAGUCAAGAUAUGAACACAGCAAGGAACGCAAAAAUGAAACUUCUCAGCUUUUUCCUUUUUGCCAUGAUGGUCGCAAAGAAUAGCCAACUACAAUUAAAUGACUGUGGAACAAACUUAAGACGGCCACAAUACACUGACAUCUCGGUAACUUGUGGAACCAAAUCUAUUGGCCUGGCUAUCCUCAUCUGCCCCGCAAUUUACACUGGCUACAACGAGUCCCUGCUUAUCCUCAACCGCGUCAUGAAUGGCCCAGCCUGCAAGGGAACCUUAGAUCAAAGUGUGAUUCCACCGGUCGUGAGGUUUGAAUUCCCCCUCAACACAACCAAUUCCUGUGGCAGCCUCUUCAGGACAACCAGCGCUGCAGGCACAGGAAUAUUCUCUGACUUCUCCAACCUCCAGACAGUCAACAUCAGCGGGGUGGUGCGAUCAUAUGAUCCCACCACAGGGCCAGUCACUUACAACGCAGAGCUGAAGUAUUACUACUCCUGCGCCUAUCCCCUAGAGUACCUGACCAACAACACCCAGAUUUAUACGUCUGCAUCUUCCAUUGCAGUAAAGGACAACAAUGGUACUUUCAUCAGCACUUUGAGUCUUAAUCUUUUCAGUGAUGACAACUACAUUUCGCCCUUAAUCAUUCCGAAACAGGGUCUUGAGCUGAGGACCGAAAUCUACACUCGAGUCCAGGCCACCAACCUGACCUCCCAUUACCACGUGUUCCUGGACCAAUGCUACGCCUCCGUUUCUCCACAACCCUACAGUGACAACUCCACUAUUUUCAACCUUUUUGUCCCUUGCAACGUUGACCCGCUGACCGUCAUCAAAGAGAACGGAGAGAGUCAACGUGCCUGCUUCUCCUUCCCGGCCUUCCGCUUCAUGGAGCAACCAAGUGAGAUUAUGUCCACCUACUUCCUCCACUGCAUCACCCGUCUCUGUGAGGAGAGCACCUGCGGUAUUCUUAAACAGUGUAACAACAGGAGGAGAAGGAGAGCUGUUCCCGAAAUUAUAGAUGGAGUGACAGGGUACACAACCAUCAGCUCUACUCCAAUCACCAUCAGAGCAGAAAGAGGUGUGGCAAUAAAAGAACAGGAGACUGCCAGCAACAACUCAGACACUUCUACAGGACUUGGGGUGGCAGUGGGCUUCCUGGCAUUCCUCUGCAUUAUUGUCAUUAUAAUGACAGCAGUCUUCUACAGGACACUCAACCAUUAAAUGGGGUUGACUGCUCCACCUGAAUGAGUUGAAAUAUGGGUCAGCAGUACAGACGGCAUUAUCCCUUUAAAUACAGGUCAGGUUGGUGGCAUUGACUUGAGUAUAAAUGGGGUCCUCAGCUCAAGACCGUGUGUGUCCACCUGCUGUUCUCACCACUCUGAAGGAGGACUGAUCUCAACUUAUCAUGCCUUUUUUCACGUUUCUUUACAUUUGGGAGAUCUUGUUUUUCUAGUCAUUUGUCAGCUACAGCUGAUUAAUGUUGUGUA